CAGCUAGCGGAGGGGAAGUGGCUCCAAGUCCAGACCUGGGAGCAGAGCCUCCGCUCAGCGCUGCGAGAGGCGCGGAGCGCAGGGUGUUUGGAGCGCGGGUUCAGUGGGAUCAGUGAUCCCACCUCGGGACUUUCUCGUGGAGCCGAGCCCGGCCAAUGGGCGCAUAAGGUAGAAGAGCAGGGAAAUGGACUGCUAUUUACGCCGCCUCAAACAGGAGCUGAUGUCCAUGAAGGAAGUGGGUGAUGGCUUGCAGGAUCAGAUGAACUGUAUGAUGGGGGCGCUGCAAGAACUGAAGCUCCUGCAGGUGCAGACGGCCCUGGAGCAGCUGGAGAUCUCUGGAGGGGGUCCUGCCCCAGGUUCUCCCGAAAGCCCCCGGACACAGCUCGAGCCCCCUCAGUGGGAGGGCGGCAGAGGUCCUGUCAGACCUGGGGCCUGCUCCCCCUCCAACCAAGCUUCUCUUGGCAGCACCAGCAGCGCCAAGUUUCCGUCGCAUAGGAGUGUGUGUGGGAGGGAGCUGGCCACCCCGCCCAGGACACCACUGCCAGAGCCCCAGACCUGUGCCCAGCAGGGGCCAGAGGUGGCAGAACCCGAUGACUGGACCUCCACAUUGAUGUCCCGGGGCCGGAAUCGACAGCCUCUGGUGUUAGGCGACAACGUUUUUGCGGACUUGGUGGGCAACUGGCUGGACUUGCCAGAACUGGAGAAGGGUGGCGAGAAGGGUGAGACAGAGGAGGCGGGAGAGCCCAAAGGAGGGAGGGGCCAGCCUCGGGAGCUGGGCCGCAGAUUCGCCCUGACAGCAAACAUCUUCAGGAAGUUCUUGCGUAGCGUGAGGCCUGACCGCGACCGGCUGCUGAAGGAGAAACCAGGCUGGGUGACACCCACGGCCUCUGAGCCCCGAGCUGGACGCUCCCAGAAGGUCAAGAAGCGGAGCCAUUCCAAGGGCUCUGGACAUUGCCCCUUCCCAGGUGCCUCGGAGCCCAGAAGAGGGGAGAAUGCUUCCACCGGCUGCCCCAAGGUCCUGGAAUCCUCACCCUCUGGCUUUGAUAUUAACACAGCUGUUUGGGUCUGAAUCCUAGAGACAGAAAUGUGACUGAACCCCAAAGGGCCAGGUCCCAGUGCUGGGCCCCUGGGAAAGAGGCCAGGCGGGGUCCCUUCCCCCAAGGCAGGACGAAGAGGAAGCAAGAGGGUCUGGAGCUGGGUUGACAGGCCUGUAGUUGGGAGAGGCGGCAGGCGCUGGCUGGCGGGGGAGGGCAGAGCUCCUGGACAGAGAGAGAGAAAGAGAGAGAGAGAGAGAGAGAGAGAGAGAGAGAGAGAGAGAGAGAGAGAGAGAGAGACACUCUGUGUGUGUGUGUGUGUGUGUGUGUGUGUGUGUGUGUGUGUGUUUCUACCGGGCUGGAGGUAACAGCAGGGGGAGGGCCUGAGGGAAGAGACCAGGAAAUCCAUCUGACAUUCCUUCACUGCCCCCAAAGACCUCACUUGAACAUUCUGCAUGGAUCUGGCAUUGGGGCCUCAGGUUCCCCAGAGGUGCCGCCAAUAAAGACCUUGUUUCUCGUG